AACUGCCAUCUCCAUAGAAGAAGCCGCCGCCAUCUCCAUCGAAGAAGCAAGUUGGACGUGUUGACCAUCUCUAGCCCUCCAGAAUGGAUGAAAGUCAAACAUCAAACAACCAUGUAUUAGGGCAAAGUGCUUUAAAUUCAAAGCGUGUCAAAAGGAGAAAUUCAUUGAAGUGGUGGCUGAAUGCUCAAACAUGGUUUAUGACAAUCAUAUUUUGGAUGUUUGUUUCAUUAUCCACAAGGCGAAGACGAACACGAGGUAUGCGAUAUAUAAUAGACAAUCAUUCCAAAAGGGAAGGAUAUUUUAAAAGAUUAGUACACGGACCUGAAGCAUAUUGCAUUUCCCAAUUAAGAAUGAGUCGUGCUGCUUUUUUCAAGUUGUGUGAUAUGUUGGUUACAAAAGGUGGGUUGAGACCAACACGACAUUUGAUAGUAGAAGAACAAGUAGCUAUAUUUCUACUUGUAUUAUCCCAUCAUCACAAAAAUAGAACCUUAAUAACUGACUUUCAAAGAUCCGGGAGAACAGUAAGCAAAUGUUUUUCUACUGUAAUACAUGCGGUGUUACAACUUCAUUCUACUUUGUAUGCUAAACCUCAACCAAUUACGAUGGAAUGCGAAGAUGAUCGAUGAUCGAUGGAGAACAUUUCAAGUGUAUUGGACUAAAUAACUUAGUGAAAAUCCAUCAAAGAUUCUGGUACUUUUAAUAUGGGUCCGGGAACCAUUAUGGAAGUUUUUUUAAUAAUGGUUGAAUUGGGCUUUUAAUAACGGUUAUUGGCCGAUAUUGUUGCGGCACAUGUUAAAAGUCCGACACAUUUAAU